AUGGAAACAUUUAGUAUUAUACAGCAAAUUGUGAUGCAUGGAAAUCCUUCAAUAUUACUUAACCUAUUGCUUUUAAUAAUUCAUAUUCUAUAAAUAUUUCAGUUGAAAUUAUUUUGUACUAAAAAUAACUUAAUUUACUUAACAGAUACUGAAAAUAGCUUAUAUUUAUUCUUUCCUGAAACUAAUCCAUUACCAAUGAUACAUGAUUUAUCAGAUAAUGUCGAUUUAAAUUUGUUAAUACCUUAUUAUUGA